AUGUUUAAUCAUCAUCUAAAUCUUGCUUUGUUUGAUAUCAAAUUAAAAUCUCAACAUAAAAAUUUAAUUUUAAUCAAAGGUAAUGAUAGUGAGGUAGAAGCCGUGCCAUUUGAAGGAAGUGUCAAAUUGUCCUUGAAUGAAGAUAUACAUGUUAAAAAAAUAUCAUUAUGUUUAAUGGGGGAAUUUUACUAUGAGUAUCUGGAUAAGAUUACCCAUGAACUGUUUAUUGACAGAUUGUGUGUAUUAAAAGUUGAUUGGAAUAAUUUGUUAACCGAUGACAAUGGUAUUGUUGUUUUUGGGAAUUAUGGUGAUAAUACCAUCCCAGUAAAUAAGGUAAAGAAUUUAAGAAGUGAACUUGGAUCUGGUAUUCAUACACCUGGAAAUCUUUCUCCUGGAUUAACUGGAUGUCCAUCUUCGGGAUAUAAUUCUGGUACUGCUACUCCAACAAGACCACCUGCUUUAAGAGCCAAAUCAACUCCUAUUUUCUUGAAAGAAAAAGACUUUUCCCAACCUUCAAAAAUUUUAAAUAUCCCGAAAAGUGGGAUUGAUGGGACUCCAUUCAAGAAUAUUCCAAAUUCAUCUAACAAUUCGUUUUUAUUACCAAAGGGUAAUUAUAGUUUGCCUUUUAAGGUCUUUCUCCCCACAAAUGUUCCAGAAACAGUUGAGGGAUUACCAUUAGGAACAAUUUUGUACAAAUUACAAUGCAAUAUUGAAAGAGGAAGAUUUGAAAAGUCGGCAAGUUUAAAUAAGCAUAUCAGGAUUGUCAGAACCUUGCAUCCCCACAACUUGAACUUGUGUGAUUCUAUUGACGUUGACAAUACUUGGGUUGGGAAAGUGCAAUAUAAUUUGUGUAUGGCAAGAAAAGGUGUUCCCAUUGGAUCCUCGAUCCCAAUUGAUGUUACUCUCGUACCAAUAGUCAAAGGUAUGAGUUUAAAAGCCAUCCAUGGUUGUAUUGUUGAGCAUUACCAUGCAGAAGUUGGUACUGAAAGGUCUCCGGAAUACGAAAGAUUAAUUGGUAAGCAAGAAUUACAAAUACCUAAUACUGAUGAGUUACCGUAUGAGAAAUGGCAAUUUAGAACCCAUUAUAAAGUACCAGAAGAUUUAAAAAAGAUUUGUCAAUCGUGUGAGAUUAGAAGUGGAAUGAUUGUUGUCAAACACAGAUUAAGACUCGGUAUUCAAUUGAGAAACCCUGGUGGUCAUGUAAGUGAAUUAAGAGCAAAUUUACCUGUUUUUGUUUAUAUCAGUGCAAAUUCAGGUCAUGUUAUUGGCAGACAUUAUGAUGUUGACAAUCAUCAUGGAACAUUUCAAUUGGAUUACCAAAAGAAGGAUUUGUUGUUUAAAAAAGAUAAAGUCGACCACCCAAUACCUAGUCCUUCUUUAGUAGAAACUGACCCUGAACACCGUAACGGUGAAGAAGACGAAGAAGAAAGUGAUUCUGAAGAAGCUGUCGCCGACGGCGAUGGUGAUGGUGAUGCUAAUUUGGACCGUAAUUUAGCUGCUCCUCCGCUAUAUGAAAAGCAUGUUUUUGAUAAAAUUUAUGAUAUGAAUUUACCACAAACCCCAUUGGAACAAUUUAGAUCACAACAAGCAACCCCAUUACAUUCAAAUAGAAAUUCCACUGCCGAUGUAUCCGGUUAUUUUGAUAUUCCAAUCUCCCAAGCAUUAGAAAAUAAUUUAAAGAAGCACAGAGCACAAACUCCGAUUUUUGAUAUCGAUUAUAUGUCACAUAUUCCAUCUUAUACAGAAGCUAUAGAUGAUGAUGAUGGAAGCGAUCAACAAGAUGAUUUUGCUCCAGAGUAUUCUGAUAGUGGUAGUGAAAGUGCCUCUGGAGCCACCACUCCUAUUAACAUUAAGUUAUCAAAAAACCAAAGUACUGGUCACUUUAGGUUCCCAUUGAAAGGUAAUUCUGCUCCUCAUUUGAAAACAGGCUCUACAAGCAAGUUAGAUAAGAUGUCUAUCGACUCGGCAUCGUCUUCUCCGAGUUUUAAAUCCAGAUUUUCUCUUCAUGGCAGAAAAAAGGACAAAUAG